AUGAGAAACAUUACCCAAAGAGGAAAUCCAGAGGAAGAAAUAAGGAAGAAUCAAAGAAGAAAAGAAACAGCAAGGACAACCCAGGCUGUAAAGCAACAUUACCUACAUGGGGUUAGCCUGUUGGAGACAAGUCCUGUUCGUCGUAUCGUUUGCAUGACACUGCUAACACAUCCGCCGCUCCCUCGCCAGGCAUCCCGCGCCCACUUUGAAGCCUAUGCCCGCUCCGAGUUUGCCAAGAACAAGGGAUUGGGAAAGAAGGACUUUGCUGCGAUUGAGUUUCUGUUGAGAAAGGGGAGGCGGCAGCUGGAUGUCAUGUCGUCGCCGGGCAUUACAGAUGUGCGCUGA